AUGCCUUCAAUUGUUCCGAUCCGCGAUGCUCCUGCGCAUCAACAAAACUCCUCUGGCGUCAUCAAGUUCACCAACUGCUUGCUGGUAAAAGGCGAUGCUUUGGUCAACGAAGAUCUCUGGGUGAGCAGUACCAGCGGUAAGAUACUGAACGGACAAGAAAUACUCUACGAACACCGCACCGCCCCCGAAGAGAUUGUCGACCUAGGCGGCCGCAUCCUCUCACCCGGUUUCAUCGACACCCAACUCAACGGCGCCUAUGGCUUCGACUUCUCCGUCAUCCCAGAAGAAGGCCCAUCAGCAUACGUCAAAGGGGUCCACCGAGUGAACCGAAGUCUGGUAGCAACAGGAGUAACAUCCUACCUACCAACCCUCACCUCCCAACUACCCUCCGUAUACCAAACCGCCCUCCCCUUCCUAGGCCCCUCAGGCGCCACCCGAGAUGCAACCUACGGCUCCGAGUCCCUCGGCGCCCACUGCGAAGGCCCCUUCCUCAGCCCCACCAAAAACGGCAUCCAUAACACCACCGUCCUCCUCGAACCCACGCACGGCAUCUCCUCCCUGGAAGCCUGCUACGGCCCCUCGAACCUGCACUCCCCCUCGCCCAUCUCCCUCAUCACCCUCGCCCCCGAGCUCCCCGGCGCCCUAGCCACCAUCCCCCCCCUCGCCGCCCGCGGCAUCGCCGUCUCAAUCGGCCACUCGGAAGCCACCUACGAAGAAGCAAAGGCCAGCAUCCGCUCCGGCGCAAGCAUGAUAACCCACCUCUUCAACGCCAUGCGACCGCUACACCACCGUAACCCCGGUAUCUUCGGUCUACUAGGUACCCCGUCGUCCACGAUACAGAAACCCUUCUUCGGUAUCAUAGCAGAUGGCAUCCAUCUACACCCCACAUCCAUCAAAAUCGCAUACAACGCCCACCCCGACGGCCUCAUCCUCGUCACCGAUGCUAUGCGUCUGGCGGGUAUGCCAGAUGGCACGUAUGACUGGACAAACGGGUCGCGCAUUGUUAAGCAAGGUCCCCUGCUUACGCUGGAGGAGAACGGCAAGAUUGCAGGAAGUAGUAUACAGCUUGUGGAUUGUGUGACGAACUUUUUGAAUUGGACGGGCGCGAGUGUACCGGAGGCUAUCAAGGCGGUUACCGAGACGCCGGCGAGGAUGUUGGGGUUGCAGGGUGUCAAGGGGUCGUUGAGGGAGGGCGCGGAUGCGGAUUUGGUGGUGCUGGAUUUGCGGGAUGGGGCGGAGGGGGAGAGGAGGGUUGUGGUGGAUGAGGUGUGGAAGUUUGGGGUUAAGGUUUUUGCGGGGGAGAAGGAUGUAUGA